AUGGCUUCGAGCUCGAACGAUGACAACCUCGACGACCCAAUGAUUACCGUUCGCUGGCAGAAGUACGAAAGUGACUGCCCACCCGCCCCUGAUGAACCUGGCAUUGGCAUCAGAAUCCGGAAAAGCAUCCUCACAACCGAAAGUGCACACUUCAAGACACUUCUCGACGGUCCAUUCAAGGAGGCAAAUUCUGAUGUCGUCGACCUGUACGGCGACAGCCCGCUCGCCAUGGGUGACGUGCUGCAUGCAUUGGCAUACGGUGAUCCACAGUAUUCCCUACUGACCAGCCCGGCCGCUGGGGACUACCAUAUUGCUCAAGAGGUAUACAUCAUCGUCGACAAAUACGAUCUCAAAUCGCUCCGCAGCUUCGUCGUCGACAAGCUCCUCCCGGGAGCGUGGGCUGCUCGGUGGCGUUGUCCUAAGUAUGCGACAUUGCCUGGUUGCGCUGAGGGCUUCGAACGCUUUCACUACGACCACCUCGUUCAACACUUCUCUGAUUAUCCCAAGGAGCUAUGGCCGUUCUACGCCAAUGCGCUUGUGCAUUACAGACGCGCAGAACCAGAAGCCGAUCUGUUUGGGCACCUCCUCGAGGACAAUCCUGAGAUGGCGUGUGGUAUAGCUAGAGAGCUCAUCAUCCAGCUAGCUGCCACAAAAGACGAGGUCGCGGGGCUUCGGCAGGGUUUGUCGGACAGCGCAGCUGUCGUUGUAGACCUCAGGGACACGCUGAAGGCAACGGAAGAGGGCCUGCAGGAGCUAAGCAAGGACCUGACGGCUAAUAUCAAAAAGCAGAUGGAUGCCGCCAUUUCUGGCGUCAAGAAGUCGUUUGGACAUAAUGGCAAUCCCGAGGGACUGCACAAGUCAAGCUAG